AUGGCCGAGGUCCAAGCUCCUGCUUCUAUGCAGGAUCAACAUGGUAACCUUGAUAAUCCUGCAUUGAAGACGCCAGAGUACGGCAGCAAACAUGAAGGCAUGACGGAGCCUCUGGGUGAGAACGGCCACGAGCACGAGCACGAACACCAGCACGAGCACGAGCAACAGCACGAGCACGAGCAACCAAGCGAGGAAGGAAUCGAAGCCGCGUUGAAUUCUGUCAAUGGGCUCGAUGAGACGCACGGCGUGAGAAGUGAAAAUGGUGAGAAGACCCUCCUCACACCUGGGUCCAAGAGCGGAGCAGUGAGUGGUAUCCGAAAAGUCCUCAAGAGCGCUGUGACGAAUGGCUCACCAAGAACGGGUCUGAAACCUCCGUCGUCGAACGGCUCAUCCGCUGCUGGUAUCAAGGCUCGUGCUCCAGUCUCUGGUCCACCUGCGACGAAUGCGCGAGCUGGCGUUCCGGGAUUGAAACCUGGAGUCCAAGGCAGAGUAGCAGCAGCGACCGCUAGACUUUCGACCGCUUCACGCCCUCCGCCUUCUCCAGCCUCCAAACUCUCCGCUCAAUCGUCCACCCGAGGGACAGGAGCCACAGGACCUCCAGCCUCAUCGAGGCUAUCUGCAUCGGCUCGUGCGGGGUUUGCCUUGAGAGCCAGUACGAAUGCUUCAGGCGCCGCGCGACAAGCGACCAGUUCGACGACGGCCACCACGCCAUCCGGCGCUGGUGUACCACCCCGCUCUCGACCGCUUUCUAUGGCUUCUUCUUCUACGACCUCGAGACCAGGUCAGAAUGGUGAUUUGGACUCUUCAUCCACCCCUGCAGAAGCUGCAUCCGAACAAACAUCGACGAACGUGGUUACAGGCAAAACUCAAGCUCAAGCGAAAAGAAACAGUGUGAUGGCUGCAGCUCAAGGACGUUCGUCUGGACCAGGCGCGACACCUGCUGUGGCAGGGAGAGCAUCUCUGGCUUCCAGUACAAAUACCAGUGCCACGGCGAGGGCCGCUGCUGGUGUCAGAGCAACGGUGACUACUGGUUGUGGUGGAUCAACAGCAACUACGAGGCCUGCUGUUGGAGCUACACCUUUGAAAGCUGCACUUGGCACUGGACCGAGAUCUACUGCGACGAGGGCUGGGACAGGAGCUGGCGCUGGUGGUACAGCUGGAGCAUCUGGAUCAGCGACGUCUCGCAUAGGGACUGCUCUAGCCUCCAGGGCCGGGGCGACUCCAUUGCGAUCGACCGCCGGAGCUUCGGCAGGGACCAGUGCGAAGAAUGAUGAGCAAAUUGCAGAACUCAAGUCUCAAAUCGAAUCACUUACAUCACAGCUCAAUGACGUGACGGCUCAGAAGGACGAGAUGGAGAAGAGGGUCACGUCAUUAGAAUCCACCAGUGCGACGACGGCGAAUACCGGGGACGACGAAGCGAGAGUACGCGCUGCCACUGCUCAUGGAUUGGAAUCUGAUGCUACUUGGGAGGCCAUCCUCGAGACCUUGCAACAUGAUCACAAGACUCAGGCUGAUGAUCUUGCCGAGAGCACAGCUCAGACCCAGGCCCAAUUGCGCCAGCAAGUCGAGUCACUCGAGUCCAGCCGAGAUGGUCUCGAUAAAGAACUUGGAGCCGCUCGAGAGGCCCUCGCGUCAGCUCAAGCGCAAGUCGACGCCUCGACCUCGACUCUGUCGAGUCUCCAAACGGAGUUAGCCACUCUAAGAUCAUCCUCUGAAGGCGAUUCUCAAAUGAUGGCACAAGUCGAGAAAGCCAAGGCGGAGCUGGUCGAACAACUCACGGCACUACGAGCGAGUCACACAGAGCUUCAAAGCCUCCACGAAGAUUUAUCGACCGAACGAGAGGCCCUCAAGAAACAGGUCGAAGAGAUGGAUUCGAUCAACUCCAAUUGGCAGAAUCAAAAGUCAGAAAUGGAGAGUCAGUUGCAGGCCACACAAGGGCUGAACAGUGAGAUGGAGGCUUUGCGUCGGGCCAAAGACGAGGACGCAGAGGCAUGGCGAAAUGAGAAGGAGGAACUUGAGAAGCAGAUCAGGGAUCAAGUUGAUACUCAAUCUGGACAUUCAGCAGCUCUGGACAAAGUACAUCAGGAGUUGACUUCCAGAACGGACGAGCUCGAGGCACUUCGACAAGCUCACGAGCAGCUCGUCUCGUCCCAUGCGACGCUUACAUCUUCCUCAUCUGAUCAUCUCGAUUCCGUGUCCACCUUGCAAUCUCAACUUGAGGCACUUCGAGCCGAUCAUCAGUCGAUAUCUGACCGAUUGGCUUCUUCCACCACGGACAAGGAUCUAGCUCUCGCCGAGCUGGACGCUGCGAAAGCCCAACAUGAGGAACUCUUGGGUCGUCUCACGACUUCGCAAGCGGAGCACGAGAAGCUCUCUGGCGAGUUAUCUGCCCUACGAGAGGACCAUCAAGCUACCAGCUCGCGUCUUGAAGAAUCAGACACGCAGCGCCGAUCGACGCUUUCAGAACUUGAGGAAACGAGACAGGCUCAUUUGGCUCUUCAGAAACACAUCGAGGAACUUGGAACGUCCCAUCAAUCUACGCUUGACAGUCUCAGGGAGAACCAUACGGUGGCACUGCAACAAGCAAGCCAAGGAGGCGAUGCUCAGCUUGUCGAUCUGCAAAAACGGUUAGACGAUGUGAUGGAAGAGCUGUCAGGCAAAGGUGUCGAGGUCAAGACGCUUUCUGAGAAACUCGCAUCAUUGGAAGUAUCUCAUGCAAAAACAAUGGAAGACAAGCAAAAAGAAUUGGAUGGCGUGAGAAGAGGCUUUGACAAGAUUCAAGAAGAGCUGGAAGACGCUUUACAAUCGAGCAACAAGUCGGAUGAGGCGAGAGAUAGGGCCGAGCGUCAGGUAGCAGAUCUGGAGAAGGCAAGUUCAUGGUACUUACAGUCGGAGCUCCAAGCUGGAUUUGAAGUAGAGCGUGGAGGUUUUGAGUCAAAGUACAAUGCAGCGUACGAAGAUGCCAAGACUUCUGCUUCUGCCGAUCACGCCGCUGAACUUGCUCAACUUCGCGAAUCACUGCAUGCUACCACCUCUCAACUCUCUUCGUCACACACUGCGGAGCUCGAGGCUCUAAGAACCGCCCAAGCUACAUCCCUGACCGAUCUCGAAGAGUCCCAUAAAGCCAGGUUGACGGCCCUCGAAGACCAGCUGAAGGCGUCCGGUGAAGCGGGUGAACAGGCGACUUUGGAGAUUGAGCGACUGACGCGGCUUGAAGAGGAACUCAAAGGACAAUUGGGAUCUCUAGAAAAGCAUCUCAAAGAGGCUCAGGAUCAAUUGGUCAAGGCUCAGCAAGGCGAAGAGGAACGCGGGGUCGCGACUGCUGCCAUGUCGAACUUGGAGGACGAGUUGAAAGUUGCCAGGAAGCGCAUCGAUGACAUGCAGGAUGAGCUUGAGGGGACAAAGCAGGUCCUCGAAUUGAACAAGGUCCAUUUCUCCAGUUCGCUUGAAGAAGCUCAAAAGGCUCAUUCCGAAGAACUCGCCUCCGCUGCUCAGAGACGAGUCGAGGAGAUGCAAGGUUUGGAAAGAGAGUACAAGGUCAAGAUGGGGGAAAUGGAAGAGGAGAUGAAGAGGUUGAAAGGGGAUUUGGAGGAGGAACGAGUCGCCCGAAAUUCUCUCAAUGCCAAACUCCAAUCGAUGACUCGAACGCCACCUACCUCUCCACCCAACUCUACUCAAGGGCACGGUCGACUCCCAAGUUCCGCAAGCGGAGGAUCGAAUACGGAUUUCAUGCAUUCUCCAGGGAGCAUGACGAGGUUGCACGAAGCACAUAAUGCCAAAGUUGCAGAGCUGGAAAUGACGAUCAAAAAGCUCACCCUUGAACUUGAUACGGCCAAACGACCUCACCUGGAUCAAUCUGAUGAACACGAUCAUCAAGGUGGAUUGGGACAGAGUGAUAUCCAACGAGUUGGUUCCAUGGGCAACAGAGUCAUGGACACCCUUGGUCGGAGUCGGCAGAGGGAUGGUUGA